GAAUUUACUAAUAUUUAAAACGAGUUAACUUCUUUGCGAAGAGGAUUUGUCUUUCGGCACUAACUCCGAAAACGCCACGAUAUCGUCGGAGUCCAUCCGAAGCAUACAAAAUAGUUAACAUCGGAGUUGAUCCGACACAGAAAAAUAAGGAAUCAAAGAGACUUCUACACCUACCUCAUAUUUUAUAUCAUAUUACGAAUCAUGACGAAUAAAUAUGAGGGUAUCAACUUCUGGAUAUACGUCCCGAACAAAGUCGCUGCCAUAAUAUUUGUCUUCGCUUUCUUUGCUACGGCGGUGAUACACUUAUGGCAAUGUUAUCACUACAAGACGUUCAAAGUAACCGGGCUUUUUGCCAUUGGAGGCCUUCUUUAUGUUAUCGGGUUCGCUAUUCGAGUCAGUGGUGCGUUUGGGAACUACGAUGAAUUAGCCCCCUUCGUCUUGAGCGUCGCUCUAAUUUAUGUCAGCCCACCUCUUCUCUCACUGGCCGACUACGAUAUACUCGGUCGCGUCUUCUACUAUGUACCUUAUCUGGCCCCAAUGGACCCAGGCAAGGUCAUGACCACAUUCGGCCUCCUCGCUAUGGUUAUCGAGGGUGUAAACGGCGUCGCCGCUUCCUUCAUAGCUAACCCAGAAAGCAACCCGCAGCUAGGUAGUGCUUUACUGUGGACAGCCAUAGCCCUUCAAAUCGCCAUUAUCGCAUUCUUCCUUGGCUUGGUGGGGUUCUUCCACCGGCGAUGCAUCCAGGCAGGAAUGGCGUGGGCACCAGGCAUCCGACAGCCGCUUAUAACAUUAUACGUGAGCAUGGGGCUUAUUUUGGCGCGAACGAUAUACCGCGGGAUAGAGCACAGCAUCGCGGCGGUUUCGAAUACGGAAUGGCCCUUCUACGUCUUUGAGGCGACUCUUAUGUUUAUCAAUAUGGUUAUGUGGAACGUGCGGCACCCUGGCCAGUACCUCCCUGCCGACACUAAGACGUACCUUAGUCGCGAUGGAAUAACGGAGCUGCAGGCGCCUGAGAAGCAGAAAUCGGGAUCCGGGUCGAGGCCGGAAUUCUCCUUGAAACUACUGAGUCCAUUGUAUUGGAUAAGCCUACUCUUUCAGCCGUCGAAGUUGAAGAGAAUGUUUCGCAGGGAUAGGGGCGAAGAGUGGAAUGAGGUGCACUCUGUGGAGCCUGUGUGAUAGCUCACUCACCAACCCUCAUUUCUAUCAAUUCAUCCCCGGAAGGAAUAGAAGGUCACUAGGGAAAGUCAGAAGUCAAACAAUGGAGUUUUUAGAGGAAAAUCAU